AUGGACAUCUCUGUUUUGCCCAACAACAACCACCCAGAGAAGUUCCUCCAGCUGGACGUUGGGAUGUUGCCGGCCACACAUGGCAUGUUCCAGGUCGGGUCAGUCCUAACCAGUCAGAGAUACUGGCAGAACAGAGUCUACUCCCAGAGGGAGCGAAGGGGAAACUCUCCUCCAUCCCCAGAGGCUACUUCUGUGGUGUUUGAUGCCAGAUACCUGGAGAAGCACAUCACACCUGUCACUCUGAAGUCCAACAUUAAAAGGAAUCCUCUCUACAUGGACAUAAGAUCCAUAGAAGUAGUGGACAACAAGAAGUCCAAGCCUUCUUGGACUGUCAAGGAGUAUGACACACAAACAAUCCACGGAAACCUCUCCGAUUAUUUAAAGAAGACCCCUAAAGAUCUGGACUUUUGGCUCGAGGAUCUCUACACACCAGGAUUUGACUCUUUACUGAAGAAGAAAGAACAAGUCUUCCAGUGUGAAGCUCGUGUGUUGUUCAUUCUCUCUGCCCUUCUGGGCUUCAUGGGAAUGGGAGACCAACAGUCCGUCAUGCACACAGGCGUGCACAAGUGCAACACUCAGGUACUGUGGCACUAA